AUGCGGUGUCUCAUAACCGCGUUGCAGCUUGCGCGCAACCUUCCAAAGUCCUCGCACGCGGUCAAGAUCAUCGAGAAACAUCCCAAGUCUUCGCAAGACCAAUAUGGCCGCGCCAUCACCUUGUUUCCUCGGUCGUCCGAGAUGCUCGAUCAGCUGGGUCUUGCUGAAACGCUGGCCCAGCAGUGCUUCGCAUGCCGGGAAACGGUCAAUUACGAUAAAAAUGGGAAGGAGUUCCCGGGACGAGGGUGGAGCUUCAUGGAGAACAUGAAGGAUACGAAGUGGGACUUUGCACUUGUUUUGCGGCAGAAGUAUCAGGAGGAGAUAUUUCGACAAGCGCUGAGGAAGGAAGGGGUUGAGUUGGAGGCGCCUUGGGAGUUAAAGAGUAUUGAAGUGUUGGAGGGCGUCGUUACGGGAGGUCACAAGGUGCUUGCAAGCAUAACGAACCCUGAGACAGGUGUGAAGAGGGCUGUGAAGUGCAGGUACCUCAUCGGCGCAGAUGGCGGACGGUCCUCUGUUCGGAGAAUGAUGGAUAUACCUUUCGAUGGCUCCUCGAGCGAAGACCAAUGGGUGCGUGUGGAUGGUGUGAUUGAGACCGACCUUCCAAAACCACGGACAUACUGCGCCAUCGAGUCCCCCACUCACGGCAACGUUCUCUGGGCCGCGCUAGACCACGGCGCAACUCGGAUAGGCUAUGCAUUCACGCCAGAGCGAAGGAAGGCCUACGACGUUUUCGACGAGGAGGCAGCAGUCAAGGAAGCCAUUGCAUCCGUCAAGCCAUUCUCACUCAAGUUCAAGCAGGUGGAUUGGUGGACCGUUUACGUCGUCGGUCAACGCAUAGCGCGCAAUUUCUUCGUCAAAGACUGCGUUUUCCUCGCCGGGGAUGCGUGCCACACACAUUCAUCGGGUGCCGCUCAGGGUAUGAAUACGGGCAUGCACGAUGCUGUCAACCUUGGGUGGAAGCUUUCCCUUGUCCUCCAGGGGCUCGCCAAUCCAGACAUCCUUGACACGUACGAGGCAGAACGACUGCCAAACGUCCAGAAGCUGAUCAACUACGAUAAGGACAUCUCACGGCUGAUGACCAUGCAGCUGCCCGAGAACUGGCAGGGCGAUCCAGACGCCGAUGUGAACGAGGUACUGGGUCAAGUCAUGACCGAAGCGGCAACGUUCAGUAGCGGGCUAGGCAUCUACUACGAGCCAGACACAUACCUGAACCUCACCCAGUCUUCUGACGUGUCGACCGUGCAGCCGGGGCAGCGCGCGCCAGACGUAGCGCUUCAGAAACCUGCGACAUUCGAAGCUACGCGCUUACAGACUGUAACGCCCAACACCGCACGCUUCUACAUCGUUCUUUUCGCAGGCGACGUCGCGAUUACAAGGCACCACCUCUCUGCUUUCACCAGCUCCUUUCCCCAAUCGCAUUGGCUAUUUGAUCCAAAGUACCCCGUUUCCUGGAUCACUAUAUUUGAUGGCCCUGGCGGACCCUCAACAUACGAGUCUCUAGGUGGCAUGCCAUUCGGGAGCGUCUUUUACGACGCGGACCACAGCGCGCAUGAGCGGUAUGGCGUGUGCGCUAAUAAGGGGGCGAUUAUCGUGUUGAGGCCGGAUGGAUGGGCGGGUACUGUCACCGAGCUUGGUUCAGCGGGGAAGGCAGCGCUGGAGAGGUACUUUAGAAGGUUUUUGGUGAGUCGCUCGGGGACGAAAACGCCAAGGGAGCAAGUACUGAUUACAGUCUAG